GGCUCCGGCUCUGCUUCCCUUCUCUGCCAGCCUUCCUAUGCGCCGUUGCAAUCAAGUGCAUCCUUCUGCUUCUGCUUCUGCUUCUGCUGCUGCCUCUGCUCCCACGCGCUGCCUCUGCUCUCUGCGCUCCCCAUGCUGCCCGACGCUCCUCCUUCACGCCUCGACGGCCUUUCACUCACCACUACUACCACCACCACUACCUAGUUAUAGCCAUAGCCGUAGAUAGCCAGGCCACAGCAAACGAGGCCCCGGACUGCGCCCGCCACCAUGAGUUCCUUCUUCAGCCGUAUCAAGUCCAAUGCUGCGCCAGCAAGCCCAGCACCCGGCACUGCACCUGUCAAGAAAGAUCCCAAUGCCCCGGAACCGACACCGCUAGAGAAGCUGCUAGUCAAUGCGGGACCUCUGCGCAGCGACGGCAGCGACAAGUUCUUUGGAUUCGAGAAUAUGCACACUCCCACCAACAUCCACCCCACUGAGCGCUUACCCAUUGCCUUCAGCUACUGCAACUCGAUAGUCCAAUGCCUAUACUACUCAGCCCCCUUCCGAGAACAGGUCAUCAACUUCCCGGCUAGAUCGCCACCAGAAGCCCUCGAGAGGCCCCCAUCUGCGCCUCUACCCCGACUCAACACGAACCUUCCCAAUGGUCAGAACUCGCCCCUUUCGCCACCCGGGCGGACUUCGAUAUCCAGCCCCACAAGAGCACCCGCAAAGCCCGCAACAACGCCAGGCGCACAGAAUGGCCUUCCAGGCACCAAGCCCGAGGACAACAAGGACUCGCCAGAGUACAAGAAGAAGCAGGCCCUGGCCGCAGGCCCUGUGCUGCAGAUGGACUAUGAGAAUUCAAAAUCAUACGGCAUGAACGAAUCAUUAUUCUCCUCUCUCAAAGACAUAUUCGAGGCCAUGAUAGCACACCGCUCACGCAUAGGCGUAGUGAGCCCGCACAAACUGCUCGAGAUUCUGCGGCGGGACAAUGAAAUGUUUAGAACGCCCAUGCACCAGGACGCACAUGAGUUUUUCAACCUAUUACUAAACGAGGUGGUGGAGAAUGUCGACUUUUAUUCCAAGAAUCGCAUAACAGAGGCCGAGUCGGAGCUGAAUGGCCAGACCAUUACCUCGGGGGAAGUGGUGCCGGACCAAAACUCGACAGCUUCCAAUAAAUCAAAUUCGGGAUGGGUACACGAACUUUUCGAGGGCACGCUAACGUCCGAGACACGCUGUCUUACCUGUGAAAACACCUCCCAGCGAGACGAGGCCUUCCUAGAUCUAUCUGUCGAUCUCGAGCAACACUCCUCCGUGACGAGCUGCUUACGGAAAUUUUCCGAAGAAGAGAUGCUUUGCGAGCGGAACAAAUUCCACUGCGACAACUGCGGAGGCCUACAAGAAGCGGAGAAGAGGAUGAAGAUCAAGCGAUUACCGAAGAUCCUAGCGCUGCAUUUGAAGAGGUUCAAGUAUACCGAAGACCUCCAGCGGUUGCAGAAGCUGUUCCACCGCGUAGUAUAUCCCUUUUAUCUCCGAUUAUUCAAUACAACAGACGACGCAGAGGACCCGGAUAGGCUAUAUGAGCUAUAUGCAGUGGUUGUACAUAUUGGCGGUGGACCAUAUCAUGGUCACUACGUAUCAAUCAUCAAGACGCAAGAUCGAGGCUGGCUGCUGUUCGACGACGAAAUGGUAGAGCCGGUAGACAAGGCAUACGUCAGGAACUUCUUUGGCGGCGAAAACGUUCUAGCCUGCGCAUACGUCUUGUUCUAUCAAGAGACUACGGAAGAGGCCAUGAUGAAGGAGCAAGAAGCCGAAGGCCUCGCCGCGGCCCAACAAGCGACACAGCUCAAUCAGGAUCUCGUAACAGUCACAACGCCCAAAGCAAACGGCGCCGCAAAUGGGCACGCACAUCAUGCUUUCCACCAACCUCGGACGCCUACAGUCGAAGAAGAGGACCAAUUCGCAAGUCUCAACCAUGCCGCCACUGCACCACCUCUCGCACACGUCCCCACCAACACCGAACACCACCCCAUCGAACACGUCUCAACGCACAUCCCCGUCCUCGGCUCAAAGAAAAGCAAUCUCGGGCUCUUCAAGAAAGAAGGCAAAGAAGAGAAGGAAGCAAAGGCCGCCGCCAAGGAACUCGAGAAACAGGCCAAGCAAAAGCGCAAAGAUAUGGAAAUCCAACGCCGCGAAAACUACCGGAAACAAGAAGAAGACCUCCGUCUGGCACUAGCGGCUAGCAAAGCGUCGGCAGAAGAGGAUGCCAAGAAGCGCGUUGGAAGCGGAGAGAAGAACGGCGACAACGCUACACCUACAGAGAGUGGGGCUGGAGAAAAGGACAAGCAAGCCAACGGAUUCGGUAGUGUAAAGGGAAUGGGUGGGCUCAACCGGUUCCGACAUACCAGCAUGAGUCUAAAGGGCAAACCCAAGUUCUGGGGCAAAGACAAACAUGAAGAGAGUGUAGAGCCUGCAAGUCACGGCGAGUCCGAAGACGCAGACAAAGACAAGGACGGCAGCAAAGAGAAGAACCGAUUCAGUCUAGGCAGGAAGAAGAGCACAUUCAAGUUCUAG